AUGUGUCAAAGAGGCCUAAGCCCACGUGUCAAAGAGAUUUUCAAUGAGCUAGGUGGUAAGAGAUCAGUGGCAGCCUUCGGUGUCAUAAUGAUUCUCCGUGGCUUCUUCAUCGACAGAGAAGUUUCAUGGAGUUAUCACAAUGGUGGCUGUUGGCCAACACUGUUGUGGUUGCUUACUACAGCAUGUAUCAGGACGGGGAGGCCUCAGACUGCUAAGAGAGCAAUUGAACAGGUGGAGCAACGGCUCUCAAAAGAAGGGUGGCCAGAAUACUAUGACGGCAAGGCAGGGAGAUAUGUCAGGAAGCAAGCGAGGAAGUACAAGACCUGGAGCAUCUCAGGAUAUCUGGUAGCUAAACUGAUGAUCGAGAACCCAGCCAAUGUUUCACUAAUCCCUCUUGAAGAGGACAAGAAGAUAGCCAAGCCAAGGCUCACCCGCUCCGCUUCCUUUUGA